AUGAUAACGCGAUCGAAGCUGGCGGAGCAGCUCAGGGAGUAUCAGAUUAGAUCCAAAUAUGACUGGUCUUCCGUUUCUUUGUUCUCCUCCACCUCUAAUCUCUCCUCGUCUAGGGUUGAUGUUGCGAUCUUUGUCAUAUGGGAGCUUGUUAUUUUAGCGUUCUUCGUGUUCGCAACUGUCUCAUUAUACUUUCGGCAUUUUAGGCUUGCUAUUAUUUUAUUAUCGGUUGCGCUACUUUUGUUUUUGGGCAUGAAAAUUACCAAACAAGUAAGGCUAGCUCGGAAGAAGCAGCGAAGGAUGCUUCUUCCAUUAUCCAUGUAG